GGCCUCAAUUUCGGGACCCACUGUGCUGCAUUGCUUCUGCAAUAUACUUGAAUUCAUGAUUUCAGGGUUUAGGGUUUACCGUUAUCCCGCUUCAUUUCUAGGGUUCAGAAUUCAGGGGUUACUGCUGCGUUCUCUUUACACACCACCAUUUGGAGUGAGCUUUUCGAUGUAAAUUCUUGGCUAUCUUCAUUCACAGCUUUAAUGGCAGAUUCAUCAGUGGCCAUGAGCUUCAAAUGGAUCACUGGUUUCAUCCUGAUCGCAGUACGUUCAUCAAUGCUUGGUUGUGGCCAUGAAACUCUUGAAAACCGAUCGUAUAAUGCCUCUUCUGUCUCUUCCGAAUUGGAGGAGCUCAAAACAAAGGCUGAAUUUUUAGAAUUUGUCCUUCAGGAGAAAACAAAUGAGCUGAACACUAAAGACGCAUAUAUUGCAAACACUCUGAAGAUUAUAGAGGAGAAGACAAAUGAUAUCUUGUUCCUACAAAAAUCUUUGGAUGAUUUAAAGCAUGUUCGGGCAGACUUAUCAAAUUUAGAGGAAAGAGUUAGUGGACUGGAAACAGAGGUGGGAAUCCUCAAGAUUGUGAUUCAAAAGAGCAAAGCUGAUCUUCAGAGUUUAGAGUAUCGAGCCUCUGACAUGGAGAAGAAAUCAGAAUUGAUGGCAUCACAAAUUGAAAGAAUGGAAGAUAUUGUUACAGAGCAAUGGAUCCAAAUUCGGCAAACUGAGCAUGCCCUUCAAACUGUGCAAAUGAUGACUUUAAAAGCUCGGAGGAAAAUAGACACUGCAGAAAGGAUAGUAUUGAAGUUCAUCAACAAAGUUGCUGGAUAUUCACUGGAUUCUAUUAUACCUGGAUCAUUCCGCUAUUAUAUUUUGAGAGAAAUACUCAUCUUUAGUUCUUAUGUGGAUUGGGCUGCUCAUCAAUUAAAAGGAAUAAUAAUAGCUACUCGAGCAUACCAUCAUGAGCUGCAACUUUACGUAAAAAAAGUAAUGGAGAAGAAUCAGCUCACAAAAAAGAUUGCUAGCAAUGACGAGGUUGUUUUCUUCUUGGCUUCUAUGUUGAUAGUCGUCCCUAUAAUGGGUGCUUGGAUGCUAUACUCGUCCACUUUCGAGUAAGACGUCCUGUUAGAGAUAGUGCUUCAUCCAAAAUCAGGGAAAUCUCUUUUUAGGGCUGGUUGAAUGUGAUUUCAAAUUCGCAAUCAUGUCAUUUAUAUUUAAUUGCACAUUCGAGUUAUGCCCUUUAUACUCAUAUGCUUUUAUAUGUAUAUUAUAAAAUGGAAGGGUCCAAAUUUUUUAGUGUCAUAUGGAGAAAGAAUAACAUUCUCAACUCUCUGUUGUUGACAUUGGACGGUGGAAAGGCUGCUAAUAUACUGUUUGA